AUGAACUAGAAUCUCUCUUUGCUAACUAUACAAUUUUACUACUGCAAUUCUCUUUGCUUCUGUAAUCGUGUGGAGAUAGGAAAAAGUGCGAGAGCCGUCGACUUAUUUUACGCCAGGAGAUUUGAAGGCAAAAUGUUGGCUGCAUUGUUCACACAAAGUUAAUUUUGUAGAAUCAAUCUUUAUUCGCUGUUGUUAUUGCUUCUACAAUUUGAGAGAUAUCUACAGUUAAUAGUUUAGAAUGUUUUUCGAAUAGCGAUGUGUAUCAGUUCUUAAAGACAAGGAAAAUAAGAAAUUUUUGUAUAGCAUGCUGUCAAUAAAGCGGCCAUUUUGUUUGGUUGAAAGUGCCGGUUGUAUGAAGCGUCUAUCCCGAAGAAUAUUGUUUUAGCGUUUCAAACACUUUGUGGAUGUUAGAUCCCUUGGAGCAAAUUUUUAAAUUGUUGUUUCUGUGGUGUUGACGUUAUCUGUGUGUAUAGUCUUGGAACAAUGAGUUACCGUGAUUUACGCGGUGAUAAUCUCCAUAAUAUGAUGAUAGACCCUACCACUGUGAAUGCCAGAAUUUAUGUUGGAAAUAUCCCGACAAAUGAAAUCACGAAGAGAGAUGUUGAAGAACUGUUUCAAAAAUACGGUCCCAUUCUUGGUGUUUCUUUGGUUAGGGGAUUUGGAUUCGUGCAGUUUGAACACGAGGCUCAUGCAUUGGAAGCUAUUAAACAUGAAAAUGGUGUGAUGUUUAGAGGGAAGAAAAUUGAAGUGAACCCUGCUCGGGUAUAUGGAGGGAGGUCACGUGGUGGAGGUGCUGAAUUGCCAGGUCCAAGAAAAUUAGAUGCUGAGGAUCGUGAUCCCUUCAGAGAUCGUUCGCCAAUUGAUGAUAGAGCUCGGGAAAGGGACUGGAGAGAUAGAGACAGAUUUGAUAAUUUUUCUGCAAAGAGUGGGAGUAUGGAACGUGGAAACUAUUAUGGACGUGAUGGUGGCUUUGGAAAAGACACAGGACUUUACACUGGCCAAGACAAGUUUCGAAGCGGUCCAAAUGUGGGCCCAGGGAGAGAUGAGCGAGGAAGCAACUUUGGGAAAGAUCCAUAUGGCUCGAAUACAUUUAGGCCAAGUGGAAUAAGUGAUGCAAGGCCAUCACUGCCAGCCAGAGAUUAUGCCUCUCCUAAUAAUGUGAAUCCUCUUGAAAGAACUAAUGAUUGUGAAAUUAUAGUAUUCAAUAAGGCUCAAAGAGAGUAUGCUGAAUAUAUUGAACAUCGGUUGAAACAGUUGGAUAUUAGCGUGGAUUUAUUGUUUCCCAACGAAGAGGUUCCGAUAAGUCGCAUUCUUGCCAACAUUUCGAGUCGAGGGUCCCUGUAUGCUAUUAGUGUGAUGCCACAGAACGAGGAGCACCGAAGUCUUACUUUGAAUAUCUUGCAUGGUUUACCUCAAGGCAGAGGGGUGUUUGGGGGAAUCUGCCUGGGGAGCAACCAGGGUGAGUCAUGUGCUCGUUAUCCUGGACAUGUUCGUAAGGAUAGGGGUGUUACAUUAGAUGACGAGCAUCGUAAUAUGCCUUUAGAAGAUGCAGUACCUCUUAUUAAGCGUAACUUUGAAGCCUAUCGUAGUGGAGAAAAGUCUAGCACUGCUGCAGUACCGACUGCUGUGGCUGUUGUACCAGCUGGAUUGCCUGCACCGACAUCAGACCGUCAUCCUGAAGCUAUUCAAGUUCUUUUAGGAUUGUUAGCUGAUAAUCGUCAACUGACAGUGUUACAGUAUGACCGAGUAAUACGUUACCUUCAGGAGAAACGUGAACUUCAGCUGAAGUUGGAACUUGGUGAUGCUAAGGACCUUCCCUCUUCUAAAGAACCUACAUCUAAACAACAAGUGGACCUUCAGCAUAGAAUUUUAAAUAUUUUAAAUAAUCAGUCUACUGCUAAUAACAGUAGUGGCAGUGGUAGUGGUAGUGUUGGUGUUGGUGCCGGAGCUGGUGGUGGUGCCGGUAGUUCUGUUGGCAGCUCAGCUAGUGUGAGUGGCCUCGGAGCAAACACUGCUCCUGGAUUGGGACUUGGAGGGCUGAGUAGCUCGACAGGGAUGUACCCUCCCUUGAACAUUGGGCCAGUACCUGCUCCAGUUGCUCCUCCCUCUGGUAACUGGCAGAAUCAGCCUACUUCAACUCCCCUUCUCAGUGACCCUACAGUACAAAAAGCACUCGAUAGUCUAAUGCAAGGAAAUUUACUGCGCAAAAUAACUCCUACUACUGGAUCAAGCACACCCUCCAUGUCGUCAUUAGGCACACCACCUUCUCAGCCUUUGUUCGGUUCGGCAUGGGGGAGUAGUGCCUCCAAAAUGUGAACAGAAAAUUCAGAUUGGUAUUUUAAGAAAUAAUUUUAUAUUAUAUAUACGUAUAUAAGACACGUGUGAUUCUGUUCAUUUCUUUGUACAUCUUGAGCUGACAUUACAACAUCUUUGUGUAGAAUUAAAAAUAAAAGAAGAUUCUUGUGUAAAUGUGAUGAUUAUGUUUGUCUUAAUUUUGGUAGAUUUAUUUUUUAUGCCUUUUUUCUAUUUAAGAAAAUGGUUAAAAUUUAUAAAUAUUCCAGUUUUGCUUGUUUUCUUGAUUCAUCUUAGAUUUCUGGCAAUGCAUGAUAAGAGAUUUAAUUUUGUUGGAGAUUUCUGCUAAUAUUUCUUGCAGAAUUGUGUUUUAGUAGCCAUAAUUAGACCACAUUUAAAUCAAUAUCACGCAUUUAAUUCUUAUUCUUGAGUGAUCAUAUUCUUUUAUCACAUGUUAAUAGGGCCAAGUUUGUGUACUUUGUUUUUGUUAGCCUUGACGUUUUUUUGUUGUUGAUAAAAAAUUUCAUCAUUUCAUAUUAACACUUUUUAAAAGUUUUAUUUUUUAAAACAAGCCUCUCCUGACCUCCAUCAUUUCACAGGUUGUAUGAAGUUCAGAAGACUGAUAAAUUACUUACGUUUGAAAAGAUUCACAUUCUUCAUGGGACUUAUAUUUGUGUUCUUGAAGUUUUCUUUUAACAUCAUAAUGAUCCUGACUGAUAGUAAUGAAAUAUCUCAUCACUAUUUACUUUCUUUUCCCUUUCCAAUUCAGUGCGGUGUGAAUGAACGUAUCUUUAGCACAAGAAGACAAUAGUGCCUAGAAAAAUGGAUAAAAAUAUUCUUGGUACAUGUUGUAUAAUGAAGGUGAAAUGAAAAAGGUAAAUAUUUGGAAAUGAAGACCUGUUAUUGAAAACAUUGUAAAUAAUUGGUAAUGUUCACAUCUGUAUAUGUUGCUGUAGGUAAUGUACAACCUCCUUUUUGUAAGUGCUGAAAUGUUUUCUACGUAUUUAUAAGGAAAUUAAGAAUGAUGAAUAGUAUGAAUGCUGAUAGAUGUGCAAGAUUGUAGUUUUUAGUGUUAACAUAUAAUGUGUUAUUUGAAUGAGAAAUGUUUAUAUUGUCAACAAGAAUAAGUGAAACACGGAAACAAUGCAUUCUAAUUCAAAUCGUUUGUGGAGCUAUUAGAUAAAUGAUAGCUUGUGUUAUGUGGGGAAAACUGUAAAUGGAAGUUUAUUAAUAUGUCAGUGUUGAUAAGUAAUUAAAAGAAUACAUAUCGCUAUGAAAUAUUGAAUGAAACUUCCACACAAGACUUGGCUACCAAUUUUUUUGAAGUGUGCCAUAUUGGAAGACCUGUAAGAGAUUUGAUAGACCUUGAUAGCAAAAUAACCGUAACCAAUUACAGUGUUCAUUUGCCAGAUGUGUUGACUUCAAAGCAGUAGGGAACCAUUCUGAACCUCACAAACUUUCUAGGCUUCUGUUUGUCCAAUGAUUGGCACAUUUAUAGAAGUGUAGUUUUAUUUACAUGAAAUAGUGAUGUGUUUAUGGGACUCAUGACUGUGGUGUUAGUGGUAAAUGUUUUUCUCUAGACAGAUAACAAGGACAAUCUGCUAGAAUGAAUUAAAUGUAUGAUCGAUGGUCAAAGGUGUUGGGGUCAUCUAAGAUGAAAUUACAUGUCUUAUUGGUGUAAGCAUGAAAAUGAAUAUUUUGAUUUGAUGAGUGUAUUAAUAUGUACAGGUUUCUGCAAGAAAAUUCUAUUGUUUCCCUCUUCUACCUUGUAUCCAGUGUUUUUAUAUCAUGCUGCUGAUGAAAGUUGUUGCUUGUAAAAACACAAGGCAUCUGUACAGUCCUAAUAAUGUAGACAUGAAUGAUAAAAUAUCAUAUUUCAGUGUCAAGUU